AAUCACUACUGGCCAUCUCCUGGGGUAGCUCCAGCCAGAAGCGUGUCUGGAGGCACCUUUUAGCCUCGUCAUCAGCUCUGCCUUCAUCAGCCAUCGCUCGCCUCCACCAAGCUGCCCGUUUGCCCAUCUCCAACGACCCAUUCGACGUCGCCGACAGUUUCAAUUCAAAUUGUCCUUCUAAUAUACGACCGCAACUUUCACCGCCUCCCUACUUACGGCCGCAAAAUGCCCGGCUUCGACUUCUCCAACUACAACCGCAAUGCGGCACUCCACGCCCAGGGCAUUCCUUUGCCCAAGGCUACCAGCACAGGUACAACUAUUGUCGGAUGUAUCUUUGACGGUGGUGUUGUGAUUGCCGCCGAUACUCGUGCUACCAGCGGUCCCAUUGUUGCCGACAAGAACUGCGAGAAGUUGCACUACAUUGCCCCCCAGAUUUGGUGCGCUGGUGCUGGUACAGCCGCCGAUACCGAGUUCACAACCGCCCUCAUGUCAUCUCAGCUCGAACUACACUCCCUCUCGACUGGCCGUAAGCCUCGCGUCGUUACCUGCAUGACCAUGCUCAAGCAGCACCUCUUCCGUUACCAGGGCCACAUUGGUGCCUACCUUGUCGUUGCUGGCUGCGAUCCCACCGGCACUCACCUCUUUACCGUCCACGCCCACGGAAGCACAGAUAAGCUGCCCUAUGUGACCAUGGGCAGUGGUAGUUUGGCGGCCAUGAGCGUCUUUGAAACACAGUGGAAGGCCACUUUGACACAAGAGGAGGCUGUUCAGCUUUGCAGCGACGCUAUCCUUGCUGGUAUCUUCAACGAUCUUGGUUCCGGUUCCAACGUUGAUGUUGCCAUUAUCACAAACGAGAAGACGACGCUAAAGCGCAACUUCAUUAAGCCCAACGAGAAGUCUGCUAAGCUCCAGAGCUACGCAUACCCCAAGGGAACUACUGCGGUUCUCAACGAAAAGAUCAUUAAGAAGAACGAUAUUGGUAGAUACGUCACAGUGCAGGAGGUACCUGUUGGCGGAGACAGCAUGGAUGUUGAUUCAUAGAGUAUUGCCUUUUGAGAUGGUCGUAAUGGAAAAUGAAUGAUUGUAACAAUACCACUCUAGGCACUACUAGAUAUUGAAACAUAAAAAAACAACAAAAUUUACAAUUUAACUUUGUCGAACACAAGUGAUAUUGAAUGGAAUCCCAACCCAGGGGCUAUGUAUUUCGCAUGCUGAUUACGACCAGCUGUAUGCAACCAAAACAAAAAGUAGCCCGCCAAACACCAUUCCUACUUCACAAAAACAGUUCAGCCGUCAUAAUAAAAAGAUAACAAAAGAAUAUGUGCGCAGGCUGUGCUGCACAAAUCUGAGUAAUGAAUGUUAGAAAAAGAAUAGAAUCACCUGCUGAAGCUAUACAUUCAGAGGGUGUAUGAAAGGUAGAGAAAAGAAGUAAAUGCGGUGGGGUAUGAACAAGAAAGAUACAUCCGAUGGGGGCAUAGGAAUCGGCAGAAGAUGAUAGAGAAGAACGGAAGACAACUACGAGCUGGAUUUGAGUCCAAACAUUGCUCUUGUUCGUGACUUGCUCCGUUUCUUCUUGUCGUCCUUGUCGGCGUCAAUCUUGCCGCCAUCAUUGUACUUGGCUUUAUGAAUCCAGCUGUUGCCAAUCAUGCUCAUGCCCUUGGCCUCGGCUUGGCGGUAGAAGUGGGCGCUCUUCUUAAGGUUCUUCUUGCAGCCGACACCUUUGGCAUAGCAAAAGCCAGCCUCUGCGAGAGCAUCGACGUCACCCCAGUUGCCUGCAAUCUCGAAACAUCGCAGAGCCAGAGCUUUGUCUUGUUCAAUGCCCCAGCCAUUCAUAUGGCUGACACCGAGUUCGUAGAUGCUAAGUGCAAAUUGUGCUUUUCUUGUCUUGUUCUCAAGAAAAUCGAUACGCUUGCCUUCUUUCUGCUGGUCUUGAUCCAAAGCAAUUUCAACACCAGCAUAUUCAGCAGCCUUCCGAAGCCAUUCAACACCUUCACGCGGGUUUGGACGCAUUCCCCAUCCGUGUCGGCAAGCCAGGGCGUAGAGCAGCAUAGCUGUUGGAUUAUUCUGUCUAGCAGCCAGUCGGAGGUGAUAGGUGGACUCGUUGAGCGACCCGCUUUCAUGGCAUUCGAUGCCCUUGGCCAAGUGCUCUUCUGCCGUCAAUUCGAGGGCAGAUGAGUUGCCCGUCGAUCGCAGCUGAUUGCUAGCCUUUAUCGUGCUAGCAGUAUCGCUUGUAUUGACAGAUGCAGGUGUCUUCUCACGUAGUCUCUGCUUGCCAGCUGCAUGUAGAGAUCGCCCACGACUGUCAUCGUCCGAUUGUCUCGCGGAAUCAUCCGAUGGUCUGCUUGGGUUUGGUGAAGGGUAGCCGCUACCCAGUCUAGGGAUAUCAAGGCUUGCUUUUGUCGCGUCGAUUGAUGGCCGUGAUAACGAAUUGGCGGGGUCGUCUGGAACCACUCUUGCUGACGAGCUCGAUGGGCGAGUGGGAGGUGAUGGUGGUGCGCCACCAGGGAACCGUUGAGAUGCGGACAGAGGAAUGACUGGUCGUUCCCACUGGGUAUUGGCAUGUUCAUCGGCGUCAGAGGAUGAUUCGAAGCGUUCCAAUUCUUUGCCACGGGGAAGAGUGAAUUUAGAGUAUAUAUAUGAGCCGGCGUUUUUGGCAUCUUCGCUCUGCUGCUCGAGGAAGCCUUCGCUGUGCAUACUUACGGGAGUAUGCGCUGUAUCAUCGGCUAGAAUGAAGGAAGGGUGGCUGUCAGAGGAGGCCUGCCUUGUCGGCAAGUCAAAGCUGGGGGUACCAGCUCUGCUCAGAGGUCGCGAGAAGUUGAAGGAGGGUCGGGGAAGGGCGGAGGAAUCAGAUCCCACAGAUGGGGAUCUAUGGAAUGAUCCGGUAAAUAUUGUGCUCGCUGCCGAUGUCUUACGAUGUAUAGAUGAGCCAGGAUGAGAAGUGAUGCCGGAAUUACUUGUUGUAUCGUCGUCAAUGUGUGUAGGAGGCGACGACGAUAGCGCGCUCGGUGAACGCUUUGGAAAUCGUGGUGGGAUUAGGCCCAUCUCAUCUAGAGACAUUUGCUUGUUUCCAUAUGGAGGCGAUGCGUAAUGAGAGCCAUCCUCGCGACCCGUUGCAGACUUCAGUGAGCGCUUGUCACUGAAAGAUUGAGAGUCGCUAUGUAUCGGCGAUGGUGACCGCACGCGAUCCGAGCCAGUGAAGUCGUUUCUUUCGUUUUGGUAGAGGGAUUGGGUCGAAGGAACCUCAGGGAUUGUCUGUGGCAAGGCGGGAAUAUCGCUAUCUGGCAUCUGCGGAAUUCUGCUCAUGCGCGGAUGCAUAGACAUCGGGCGCUGUGAGGACGCAAAGGCGUCCUCCACUUCGACCUCAUUCCGCAAGCCAAGAGCAUCUUUCGAUCCGCCAAUAAUCUCGUCUUCUUCCACGGCGGGUUCGAAGUUCAUGGAUCGGAAGUAGUCAGAGCGGGCUUGCACCAUGAGGGGGCUCUCUAGAGUAAGCGGUGGAAGACGACUGAGUCUGUUGCCAUCACGGGUGGUUGAGUCUUGAAGCUGGCGGGCCAGCAUACGACUCUGCAGCGCAAACGCAUCGAGGGGUGAGAGUUCAGGCGGUGCUUCGCCAGCAAUAUGCAUUCGUGUUGCUCGUGGUUUUGACGUCGAGAAUGUCGACAUUUGAGAAUUGGCUCGCAGAUCGGCCAAGUUCGGCCGUUGCGACAUGUUGGGCAAAGGAUGGCGCUGAAAGCUGUCGAGAAUAUGAAUUUGCGGAAGUGAUUAAAUAUUUAAGUAGCGUAAAGGCGUAAAGAUAAGGAGAAUAUGCGUCGAAGCUGUGUCGUUGUCGGUCGAUGUUGACAGUUUAGGUAAAUGUGGAGGAAUGCUGCGUGCCACGCUGGGUAGACGUCAACGUUGAAGCCGAUGAGUCGCCUGCGUAGAAGGUGAGAAAGACAGGAGAAGUUCGAAUACGGAAGACUAUUAUAACGCUGAUACGAAAGUCGUCGUCCAAGAGGCCAUCUGCAUAGGGCGCAAGUGCCUGUCGCGAGGCCGUGUCAAAAACGAGGUCGUGUGUGCGGUAAAGCCAGUCGAUGGCGAUGGUGAGUGUGGUAGUUGGGACAAUUACGCCAGGCGACGAAGACUAACAGAGGCCAAAAAUCAGCGGUGGAUAGCGGAUAAGCCACCGAGAUGCCUUCGCAUUAGCAUGCGUCGAAGAAAGCGAAGAUGGGAUGGCAGAGCGUCGAAGAAAAAGAAAAAGCGCGACAGGAUGUAGAAAACCGGGCAGAGGAGAAGAGAGGGCCGCGAAGGAAUGACCAAUGGCGGGCGGCAGCCAGCGCUGUAGUUUGACGUGCUGGCCACUAAACACACCAGAGACACUCCCUGACCCAAGAGGCGUCACAACGGG